CAACAUGGCGGUCCCUGGUAGCGGCGCGUUCUUUCGCUUCGAGUUUUGGCCGGGGCGGGGGUCUGGGCUUUAGGCAGGUAGUAUUUAGUUUCACAAUGUUUGGGGACCUGUUUGAAGAGGAUUAUUCCGGUGUGUCAAAUGAUCAUUAUGGAAAAGGGAAGAAAUUAAAGACCAAAGGUUUGGAGCCACCUGCUCCUAGAGAAUUCACCAGUUUAAGUGGAAUCAGAAAUCAAGGUGGAACCUGUUACCUCAAUUCCCUUCUUCAGACUCUUCAUUUCACACCUGAAUUCAGAGAAGCUUUAUUUUCUCUUGGCCCGGAAGAGCUUGGUUCGUUAGAGGAUAAGGAUAAACCUGACGCAAAGGUCCGAAUCAUACCUUUGCAGUUACAGCGGUUGUUUGCACAGCUUCUGCUCUUAGACCAGGAAGCUGCGUCCACCGCAGACCUCACUGACAGCUUUGGGUGGACCAGUGAUGAGGAAAUGAGGCAACAUGAUGUACAGGAACUGAAUCGAAUUCUUUUUAGUGCUUUGGAAACUUCUUUAGUUGGGACCUCCGGCCAUGACCUCAUCAAUCGUCUAUAUCACGGAACCGUUGUUAACCAGAUUGUUUGUAAAGAAUGUAAGAAUGUCAGUGAAAAGCAGGAAGACUUCUUAGAUCUCACAGUAGCGGUCAGGAAUGUAUCAGGUUUAGAAGAUGCACUCUGGAACAUGUAUGUGGAAGAGGAAGUUUUUGACUAUGACAACUUGUACCACUGUGGGACUUGUGACAGGCUGGUUAAAGCAGCAAAGUCGGCCAAAUUGCAUAAGCUGCCUCCCUUUCUUACUUUUUCAUUAUUAAGAUUUAAUUUUGAUUUUGUGAAGUGUGAACGAUACAAGGAAACAAGCUGUUAUACGUUCCCUCUCCGGAUCAAUCUCAAGCCAUUUUGUGAACAGAGUGAAUUAGAUGACUUGGAAUAUAUGUAUGACCUCUUCUCAGUUAUUAUACACAAAGGUGGUUGCUACGGAGGCCAUUAUCAUGUGUAUAUUAAAGAUGUGGAUCAUUUGGGAAACUGGCAGUUUCAAGAGGACAAAAGUAAUCCAGAUGUGAAUUUGGAAGAUCUUCAAAAUGAAGAAGAGAUUGAUGAUCCAUUGAUGAUUCUAAAAGCAGUCUUAUUACAGGAGGAGAGUAAUCUAAUUCCUGUUGAUCAGCUGGGCCAGAAACUCUUGAAAAAGAUAGGAAUAUCUUGGAAUAAGAAGUACAGGAAACAGUAUGGACCACUGCGAAAGUUUUUACAGCUUCAUUCUCAGAUAUUUCUGCUCAGUUCAGAUGAAAGUACAGUUAGUCUGUUGAAGGACUGUUCUCUCCAGGCUGAGUCUGAUAUACGAAGAAAUGAUCAACAACUUUUGAAGACACUUACUUCAGAACCUCCAGGAUUCAAUGAUAGACCCUCCUGUCCCCACUGGUUUGACAUAAAUGAUUCCAAAGUCCAACCAAUCAAGGAAAAGGAUAUUGAACAGCAAUUUCAGGGUAAAGAAAGUGCCUACAUGUUGUUUUAUCGGAAAUCCCAGUUGCAGAGACCCCCUGAAGCUCGAGCUAACCCAAGGUACAGGGUUCCAUGUCAUUUGCUGAAUGAAAUGGAUGCAGCCAACAUUGAACUACAAAUAAAAAGGGCAGAAUGUGACUCUACAAACAAUCAUUUUGAAUUGCAUCUCCACCUCGGCCCUCAUUACCAUUUCUUCAAUGGGGCUCUGCACCCAGUCGUGUCUCAAACAGAAAGCAUGUGGGAUUUGACCUUUGAUAAAAGAAAAACUUUAGGAGAUCUUCGACAAUCAAUAUUUCAGCUGUUAGAAUUUUGGGAAGGAGAUAUGGUCCUUAGUGUUGCAAAGUUUGUACCAGCAGGACUUCAUGUUUACCAGACACUUGAUGGAGAUCACCUGACACUGUGUGAAAUGGAAAUUGCUGAUGGGGAAGACAUCUUUGUAUGGAAUGGGGUGGAGGUUGGCGGAAUCCAGAUUCCAGCUGGUAGUGACUGUGAACCUCUGCUUUUACGUGUUCUUCAUCCGGCAACAAGCAAUGAAGAAGAGGAGUGUCGGCAGUUGAUAGACUCUCCACAUGUCUUUCCGUCUAAUGCAGAAAUAGGUAGUGUACUCACAGCCUUUGCAAUCCCAGACGGAGUCAUCUUAGUCAACAACACUGAGUCUGUAGGUGAAGAGAGCUGGACCACCGUUCCCAAGGAGGACUGGAAGAAGACAUUCAGAGAGCAAGGUCUCAGAAAUGGAAGCUCCGUUUUAAUUCAGGAUUCUAAUGAUGGUAACAGUUUGUUGACCAGACAAGGGAAAUGGAUCACCAGUAUGAAUGAGAUUGACUGGCUCCAAGUUAAAAAUUUAUGCCAAUUAGACUCUGAAGAAGAGCAAGUUAAAAUAUCAGCAACUCUUAACACAGUGGUGUUUGAUAUUCGAAUUAAAGCCAUAAAGGAAUUAAAAUUAAUGAAGGAACUAGCCGAGGACAGCUGUUUGAGGCCUAUUGAUAGAAACGGGAAGCUUCUUUGUCCAGUGCCAGACAAUUAUACUUUGAAGGAAGCAGAAUUGAAGAUGGGGAGUUCAUUGGGACUGUGUCUUGGAAAAGCACCAACUUCUUCGCAGCUGUUCCUGUUUUUCGCUGUGGGGAGCAAUGUUCAGCCUGGGACAGAGUUGGAGAUCAUAGUAGAAGAAACAAUAUCUGUGAGAGAUUGUUUAAAGGUAAUGCUGGAGAAAUCUGGCCUUUCAGGAGACGCAUGGCAUUUACGAAAAAUGGAUUGGCGCCAUGAAGCCGGGGAGGCUUUAUGUGAAGAAGAUGCAGCACUGAAAGAGCUUAUGCUCUCUUCCGGAGACACUUUGCUUUUAAUUGAAGGAAAACUUCCUCCUCUGGGUUUCCUGAAGGUAGCCAUCUGGUGGUACCAGCCGCGGGGUCCCUUGCAUCACUGGAAGAGUCAUCAGGACCAGACAGACUGUACCUUUUCUCAAGCAGGGGUCUGGAGAGCUAAUUCCAUCCAAGAGGCUUCCAGUGAUGCGCGCGCGGAAGUUUCCCUCCGCUACUUGGGAGACGUUGAGAUCUCCGAAGAUGCCACGCUGGAGGAGCUGAAGUCCCAGGUCAGCCUCCCUCCUGCGCGCACCUUGGUGGUGGUCUGGCUGCUUCCCGCCAUGACCUUGCCCUCCUUCUCGGAGUUUUCCAUCCCAUCGCCCGCCUUCCUUAGAGCCUGGACGGUGGAAAGUAGGCGCCCCGGCAGGCUCUUACGAGUCCACUGUCAGCGGCUCAGGGAAUAUAAAUUGGGACAGAGAACUGAGAUCUGCUUAGAGCCCCUUCAGAGAGAAGAAAACUUGGGCCCCCAGCAUGUGCUGCUGAGGACACAGAUGCGCCUCCCUGGCAAGAGGGCAUAUGCCUUGCCCGUGGACUUGGUGUGGGACACUGCCCGAGGCUGGACCGCUGGCUCCCUGAGGCACCAAGUGGCCGAUUUCUAUUCUCUUCCCGUGGAGAAAAUUGAAAUUGCCAAAUACCUUCCUGAAAAGUUUGCGUGGCUUCCAGUACCUAGCCGGAACCAGCAAAUUACCAAGAGGAAAAAGAAGAAAAAGCAAGAUAAUUUGCAGGGGGCGCCUUAUCACUUGAAACAUGGAGAUACUAUUGGUAUUAAGAAUCUCCUGCUUGAGGAUGACGAUGACUUCAGCACAGUCAGAGAUGACAUUGGAAGAGAAAAACAGAAAGAGUUCGGUCUGGGGAAAAAGAGAAGCCCGGAAGCCCUUCGUGUGCGGAGCGGCGACGUCCCCUCGGGUGCAGCGACGCCUGCCCGCCCCCGUGGACCAGAAGCUUCUCUCUCCAUCCACGUCGGGAGCUUCCGGUGCUAGCACAGCGCCUCCGCGCUCCUGCUGCGGGUCCUGGCCCGUUGCCGGGCUUCUGCCCCGUGCGGACACGGACCCAGAGCCCUGCUGUGUCACGAGCAA